AUGGAAGAGGUUUGGCCCCGAAAAGGAGAGUUGACCGUACCAAUGUAUGUGGUAAAGCGAGCUAUGAUUAGCAAGGCGGUGGAUAAUACAAGUCAAAGAGAGAAUAUUUUCCAUUCCAAGAGCCUCAUCCAGGGUAAUGUAUGUUCCUUGAUCAUUGAUAGUGGAAGUAUUGCAAACGUUGCUAGCACCGCUUUAUUGGAUUUCUUGAAGCCUUCUACCACUAAGCUUAUUAAACCUUACAAACUUCAAUGGUUGAGUGAGUGUGGAGAAUUGAGGGUUCAUAGACAAGUGUUGAUCAAGUUCAAAAUUGGGAAGUACCAAGAUGCAAUCCUAUGUGAUGUGAUCCCAAUGAAAGCUUGGCAUGUACUACUCGAGAGACCUUGGCAACAUGGUCGUUCAACCAUACAUGAUGGGAGAACCAACACAUAUUCACUUGUGUCGAAUUGUUGUAAAUAUGUCCUUCAUCCUAUGUCACCAUCUCAAGUCAAUGAAAUGUAUCAAAAGAUGAGUGAGUUGAGGGAGAAAAUGAAGGAGUGGGAGGGACAUGUGGAGGUCGAGGUCCAUGAAGAAGAAGAAAGGAGGAAGUUGAAAGCAAAUGCCCAAGUUUUGUUGGCUAAGUAUAAAGAGAUAAGGGAGAAAGUGGAUGCCAAAGGUUCAUUGAUCCUUAUCACACAUAGGGAUCAUGUGUUGCUAACUAACCAAUUUCAUUCUUCUCUUCCCCAUUCUAUUUCCUUUCUUUUGCAGGAUUAUGAUGAUGUCUUUCUAAAGGGACUCCCAAGUGGAUUGCCCCCUCUUUGGGGAAUUGAGCACCAAAUUGAUUUCAUGUCGGGCUCAUUAUGGCCAAACAAAUAG